AUGAUUCGACACCUCAUCUGGAAGAACGCCGGAUUCGCCAGCCUGCGCAAGAUCAGAAAACAGCUCGAAGACUAUGAGCCGCGAGUCGACCCGACCGUCGUACCGACUUCCGAGAUCCUCGAAGACGAUGACGCCCUGCAGAACCAAGAAGCAGAAGGGGAGAAUGGCCACAAGGUUUAUACCGCCGAAGCGCAGCUGGCGUCUACCGCCGUGCCGCCGCGCGCCAGAUACUAUACGGUGCAAGACUACCAUGACAUGUACGUCUCGGGUGAAUUGACGCCGACGGCGGUAGCAAAGGCCAUCUUGCCGCUUAUACGCCGAGAUACUACGCCGCCGGGAGAACACUCUGCGGCCUGGUUCGAGACGCGGGUUGACCUGGUUCUGGCUGCCGCUGAAGCGUCAACCUUACGGUAUAAGCAGGGAUGCCCACGGGGACUGAUGGAUGGCAUACCCACCGCCGUCAAGGACGAGUACGACAUCGAUGGGUACAAGACUUGUCUGGGCUCCUUGAACGAUUACACAAGCGAUCCUGCCUCGUCCGGUGGCUCCAUUGCCAGCUGGUGUGUAAGAAAGCUAGAGGAGGCCGGAGCUGUCGUCCUGGGGAAGCUCUCCAUGCACGAAUUCGGUCUGGUCGAUGUAGACACCUCUGGGAGUAACCCGAACUACGGCACUCCCCUCAACCCGUACAACCCCAAGUACUACACCGGCGGCAGUUCCUCCGGCACCGCAUACGCAGUCAGUGUCGGACUGCUCCCCUUUGCCCUCGGAAGUGAUGGCGGCGGCAGCAUCCGCAUUCCAUCCUCGUUCUGCUCCGUCUAUGGCCUCAAGCCAACCCACAGCAGAAUCUCUCACCACCCGGGUCCCAACCAUUCCAACACCUGUGCUGUCAACGGGCCCAUAGCGGCGGACUUGCAAUCCCUCUCCGCACUCUACCGCAUCAUAGGCUGCCCGCCACCAACCUCGCCUUUCCUGCCAGUUUCUCCAAGACUCGCACCCUGCAAUCCCAACGGCACCAAAUACCUCGGAGUACCCGAAGCGUGGUUCUCCCAGGCAACUCCCGCAAUCCAACAUCUCUGCCGAUCCGCCAUCUCCACCCUCGCUGAUAAACACAACUACACCGUCGUGCCCAUCCAGAUACCCUACCUGGUUGAAGGCCAGAUCGCGCACGCCGUCACCAUCCUCACUGACGCCGCGACUUUGCUCCCCGAUACAUCCAACCUCACAGCCCCGAACAAGAUACUGCUUGGUCUGGGCCGCGAAACGCCUGCUACGGAUUACUUGCUUGCUCAGAAACUUCGUCGCUUGCUAAUGCAGCACCUCUCCUGGCUAUGGAAGGAGUACCCGGGUAUGAUCAUUGUGACGCCCACGACCAGCUGCGCGGGCUGGCCGAUUCGGGACCAGAAGGAGCUCAAGUACGGUAUCAGCGAUGGAGACCAGACGCUGAAAACGAUGAAUUUCAUCUGGUUGGCUAACUUUACUGGUCUCCCUGCGAUCAAUGUGCCUGCGGGCUUUGUAGUUCCCGAGGGUACGAAGAACGAAGGCGAGAUCGCGGAAGAGAACACCGAGGGUAAGAUACCGAUUGGGUUGAUGGGGACGGGCGAAUGGGGCAGUGAGGAUUUCCUUAUGCGCUGGGGUCUGGAUGUUGAGAAUGUCGUGGGUGAUCGCAGGUCGAAACCGCCUGUCUGGGUGGACGUCGUUGCUAAGGCGAAGCAGGUUAUGCAAUCCGGCGUGUAG